AUGGAUUUCAACAGCUCCUCGCCCUUCCCGGAAGGGGUCAUCUCCUUUCUGGAUACGGAUUUGUACAAGCUUACCAUGCAAUGCGCCGUCUUCAAGUACUUCAAGGACGUCCCCGUCACCUAUGCCUUUACAAAUCGCACACCAGAGAAGAGGCUAUCCAGAGCUGGCUACAGGUGGCUACAUGAGCAGAUUACCAAGCUUGGCAAUAUUUCCUUGUCCAACGAAGAGUACAAGUUCCUCGAGCAGCAUUGUAAAUACCUAAGCGCCGACUACCUAGAGUUCCUGAAGGAGUUCCGGCUGCGACCAAGAGAUCAAGUCUCCAUCACCUUCCACCCUAUCGGUGCAGACACCGGCAGCGACAACGAUCUCGGCGACGUUGAGGUCAGCAUCGCGGGUACAUGGUCGGAUACCAUCCUCUACGAGAUUCCCUUUCUGGCGCUGACCUCGGAGGCGUACUUCCGCUUCAUGGAUACCGAUUGGGACUACGAGGGGCAGGAAGAGAAGGCCUUUGAAAAGGGCAUGCGGCUCCUCGAAACGGGCUGCAUCCUGUCGGAAUUCGGUACCCGCCGCCGCCGCGACUACCAUACACAGGCGCUCGUCUUCCGCGGCCUGGUCAAGGCCUCCAAGGAAGCGGCCGCCAAGGGAUACCCGGGUGAGCUCUCCGGCACGAGCAAUGUGCACCUGGCCAUGCGUUUCGGCAUCCCGCCGGUCGGCACCGUCGCACACGAGUGGUUCAUGGGCACGGCGGCCAUCUUUGACGACUACAAGCACGCCACGGAGGAGGCCCUGCGACACUGGGUGGGAUGCUUUGGCUCCAGCCUCUCCAUUGCCCUGACGGAUACCUUUGGCACGCCCGAGUUCCUCAACGCCUUUAGUCUGCCCGCGCGCACCACAGACGGCGGCGUGUCCGAGGCCGCGCUGCGCAACGACGACGGGUCGACCAAGACGUACGCGGAGCUCUUCACCGGCGUUCGACAAGACUCGGGCGACCCCAAGGAGUACGUCAAGCUCAUGCGCAAGUACUACGAUUCGCAGGGCAUCAAGGAAAAGGUCAUUGUCUUUUCAGACUCUCUCGAUGUUGACAAGUGCCUCGAGUAUAAAAAGGUGGCGGAAGAGCAUGGCUUCCUGCCGCGCUUCGGCGUUGGCACCUUCUUGACGAACGACUUCACGCAUCUCAAGACGGGCACCAAGUCCUUGCCGCUGAACAUCGUCAUCAAGCUGAGCUCAGCUGCCGGGCGGCCAGCUAUUAAGAUUAGUGACAACAUUGAGAAGAAUACCGGCGACAAGGAGCUGAUUCAAAAGGUCAAGGAGCAAAUUGCGUACGUCGAGAAUACGUGGGAAGAAGGCAAGGAGGACGCCAGAUGGGGCAAAGAAGAGCCCAGCAAAUAG